AUGCAAGAGGAGAUUAAUGCUUCGUAUAGUAACAAAACUUGGAUACUGGUGCCAAAAACAGCAGGAAUGAACAUAGUUGGAUCAAAAUGGGUGUUCAAAACCAAGUUGAAGGCAGAUGGAACCAUAGACAGACACAAAGCAAAACUACUCAAACUGGAAAAUCAGACAACUAGAUUUCAAGAAUGCAUUCCUGCAUGGUCACUUACAAGAAGAGGAAGUAAUCAUGAGCAUGUCUCAGAGGUGACCACCACAUUGGGCAAAGAAUUUGAAGUGAGGGACCUUGUAUCACUUCAUUUCUUCUUAGAUAUUGAAGUCAAGCAGUUCUCAGGAGGAAUUCAUUUGAGCCAAGGCAAGUAUGCAGUUGAACUCUUGUAUAAGACUAAUAUGACACUAGUAAAGGCAGUAUAUACACCUUUGGCUCAGAAACAUGGCUUACAAGAAGCAACAGGAAGUCCUGUUGAUGUCUCUCUGUACAAAAGCAUUGUUGGGAGUUUACAGUAUUUAACACUCACUAGGCCUGAUAUCACUCAUGCAGUCAACUUGGCUAGCCAGUUUAUGCAGAAUCCAAAUAGUGAACACCUCCAAGGUGUAAAAAGGAUCCUUAGAUAUGUCAAAGGAACUCUGCAUCAUGGACUCAGAAUCAUUUCACAGUCUACUUGUAGGUUAUAUGGUUACUCAGAUGCAGACUGGGGAGGCUGUACAACAACUAGGAGAUCAACUACAAGUUACAACAUCUAUCUUGGAGCAAAUUGCAUUUCUUGGGCAUCCAAGAAACAAUCUACAGUAGUAAGAUCAAGUGCUGAAGCUGAAUAUAGAGCAUUAGCAUCUACUGUAGCUGAGAUGACAUGGAUCACCUACAUUCUUCAUGAUAUUGGAGUAUAUAUCAGGCCAGUCCCUAUAUUGUAUUGUGAUAAUUUAAGUGCUCUUUACAUGACUGUUAAUCCAGUACUGCAUGUAAGAACUAAGCAUGUUGAGAUGGACUACCAUUUUGUUAGAGAAAAGGUGGCUAGAGGACAAUUGCUAACACGGUUUGUGACGUCCAAGGAUCAGCUAGCUCAUAUACACACUAAGGCUUUGACCAAGCAGAUGUUUAUUGGUUUCAGAAGCAAGCUAGAAGUGACAGUUCCUCCAUCCACUAGCUUGAGGGGAAGUGUUGAAGAUAAGGAUCCUGAUAUACAAGAUAUAAAGGGAUUUUCUUUUUCCCCUAUAUUAGUAAAAGAUCCAUCACAUGCAAGACAGGCCCCAUAUGUAAAAGGAAUUAAUUAG